AUGGAAUUGGUUUGGAACCACAACGAGAAAGAGAAUCCAAUCGCGCCCCUAAUCUCGACGACGCGCUCUACGCGUACUCGACGCGGACGGGAUUUACGAUCUGCCAAGAUUAUGUGCGGAUUCCGUUCUUCGGUGCCGCGUCGGGACGCGGACGGGUUGCGCCGGCACUCGUCCUUUCUGGCAGUGUGGUACCACGUACCAUGUUGGCUUAGAUCGAACACACACACACAUGCUAUUCGCGACCUGCGAAUUCAGGUAGAGCUGCAUUACGUAUUACCUUAUGUUACAGCGUAUCCGGUGGCGCCGCAUCCACCGACCGGCUUUGUCCCCGCGCCGACGCAACCCCCAACUUAUGGUGUUGCAGGCGCCGCCCCUUAUGGAGUAUUUCCCAAUCAGCCUCAAUUGUACGCGACGCAAGGCCCGCCGCCGCCGACGUAUGAUCAAACUCUUACACAUCCUAUGAUGUAUCAACCAAUGUACGGGCAAGGGUACCCUUUACAAUAUUACCCGCCAGGAUAUCCCUUGCAAUAUUAUCCGCCGUUAGCUGCGACAACAGCUUACUAUCCUACUAUGCAACCCGCCCCUGUAAGACCUACCAUUAUGGUACCUAAUGGUUUUGACGGUACCCGGUUCGACGGCAUCUCACAACCGGUGUUGCCACCACCGCCACCCGGAGUGGCCGCGAACGCUGCGCAGCUGGCCGCGAUGGCCGGCCAUAGUGUGGCCCUCUCGCAAAAGAAGGGCUCGUUCCUGGGAGGAGGAACGGAGGGCGGUUAUACCUUUUGGUAAACCACCUAAAACGACCCUUCGUAAUACACGUACACGCAGAAAACAUACACUCAUGUACACGCCACAUUAACUGUCGGAAGCGCCGUAUUGUUGAGACGACGAGAUUAUGUAGGUAAAUUUCCGUUAGAGUUCUGCUUUUCUCAUCUCUGGCAGUUCCAUCGAUAUCUAUUAGUAUAUCGUGUGCGCGGACUGAUCCCACACACAAACACACAAACAAACACACACACACACAC